UCAUGUUUCUAUCGGAAAGUGCUGGCUUAGAGAAAAGAGGUUAUUAUGGCCUAAGAAAUCUGGUUAUUUGUAGGGAAAAACUUGAAUAAUUCUGCAUUUAUAAGGUUGAGAAGAGAGAUUGCGUGAAAGAUACCAGACUGUGCCCUAAUGGGUAGAUUUAAGGACAAAUUGGAAGCAGAAAAAGGAAUAUCCAGCAGCAAUUUUUUACUGUGUCAGUAUGUGCAGCAAUCUAUAACUAGCGGUGGCAUUAUUCCAACUUAGUACAAAAACAAAGCAAGAUUGACUUUCCCUAUGAGCUUGCUCUCUUAUGAAAUUUACCAUAUAAUAAUAUCAAGAAAAAUGUCCUUUGCAGCAUACUGUAAGUAUGCUUUUAAAGCAAAGAGACCCAGCAGAAUUCAUAGCCAGGCUGGUAGAGUAACAAGGUAAGAUGCCUGAUGCAAAGUAAAUAUUCAAUAAAUAAUCAAGAGUUCACCCUUUUUAUGGAUAACAAUAAUAUUAGUUUUCCUGGGUAACUAAGCGAUGUUUUCUGGACUUCCAGAUUCAUCCAUCCAUUCAUUAAUUCACUCACCCAGAGACUAUGUUUGAUGCUGAUGGUGAUGAGGGGAGGGAUGAAAUCAAGAUCCUGUGCUAAAAGCCAUCUACCCAUUCUCAGGGGUGCUGGGGAGAUUUGAAGGUGAUUCAACAGCAGUUUAAAGCAAUAAAAAGCUAAUUCAGAAAAGAAAUAGGACCAUGUAUCAAAACAACCAACGUUACCCUUACUGCACAUUCCAUUCAUUCACCUACACAAACUGAUGAGACUGUAUCUCAAACUAGAGUCAACUUGAAUUUUUUGGCCAAGUGCUGUGUGUGUGUGUGUGUGUGUGUGUGUGUGUGCGUGUGUGUGUUUAAAAAAGCACCUCCGCUGGGACAUACCUCCUACAGGCAUUCAAGUACAAAAUGACCUGUAGAGAAUACCAUACAUAAGUUCUGCACAUUAAGUAAGCAGCUGGGCAGGUAAACCUACUUGGAGGAUCAGAUGCUAUAAAUCUCCUCCUAUUAGAUGGCAUGGCCCCUCCUCUCCAUUCUCACAAAGCUUUGACCUUUGCCACGAACACAGUCCUGAUCCUGCCUCUCUGGGGACGUGGAGGUCAUCCCAGACCUGCGCUUUUGCCUGAUGUCACAUGCAGAAGUCCGGAGGUUCCUAAUCGGCACGGAGUCUUCGGGAGCAGGGGAAGCUUCCUUAAGUAGGUAGAAGAUUAUCUUCAACCGGACAGCAAAUGUAUGGAAAGCUAUUAACUUCAGAAGGAAGCUCUCAAUUUCUAGAAGCAUUCCCACGAUGUGGCUGUUUUUCACAACAACCUGUUUGCUCUGUGGAACUUUAAAUGCUGGUAGCUUCUUUAAUUUGGAAAAUGAAGCGAAUCCUGAAGUGUGGAUGAAUAUUAGUGAGAUCAUCACCUAUAAUGGCUACCCCAGUGAAGAGUAUGAAGUCACCACUCAAGACGGGUACAUCCUCAGCAUCAAUAGAAUCCCCCACGGGCGAACAGAUGAUAGAAACACAGGUCCCCGCCCAGUUGUGUACUUGCAACACGCUUUGUUUGCAGACAAUGCCUCUUGGCUUGAGAAUUAUGCCAAUGGCAGCCUUGGAUUCCUCCUAGCAGAUGCAGGUUACGAUGUCUGGAUGGGAAACAGUCGGGGAAACACUUGGUCAAGAAGACACAAGACGCUCUCAGUGACUGAAGAAAAAUUCUGGGCCUUUAGUUUUGAUGAAAUGGCCAAAUACGAUCUUCCAGGAAUAAUAGACUUCAUUGUAAAUAAAACUGGUCAGGAGAAGCUGUAUUUCAUUGGACACUCCCUUGGCACGACAAUAGGGUUUGUAGCCUUUUGCACCAUGCCUGAACUGGCACAAAGAAUCAAAAUGAAUUUUGCCUUGGGUCCUGUGGUCUCAUUCAAAUAUCCCACGGGCAUUUUUACCAGUUUUUUUCUACUUCCAAAUUCCGUAAUCAAGCGUUUUUUUGGUACCAAAGGUUUCUUUUUAGAAGACAAGAUGGGCAAGGCACCUGCUACCAAAAUCUGCAACAAUAAGAUAUUAUGGGUGAUAUGUAGUGAAAUUAUGUCCUUAUGGGCUGGAGCCAACAAGAAAAAUAUGAACGUGAGUCGAAUGGACGUGUAUAUGUCACACGCUCCCACUGGAUCAUCGAUACAGAACAUCCUGCAUAUAAAACAGCUUUACCGAUCAGAUGAAUUCAGGGCGUAUGACUGGGGAAGCGAAGCUGAGAACAUGCAUCAUUACAAUCAGAGCCGCCCCCCACUCUAUGACUUGACCACCAUGAGAGUGCCUACCGCUAUGUGGAUUGGGGGCAAUGACGUCCUUGUAACGCCCCAGGAUGUGGCCAGGAUACUCCCCCAGAUCAGGAAUCUCCGUUACUUCGACCUGUUGCCUGAUUGGAACCACUUUGAUUUCAUCUGGGGCCUCGACGCUCCUCAGCGUGUGUAUAGGAAAAUCAUAGACUUGAUGAAGUCAUACUCCUGACGCAUGCACUUCUGGGCUCAAAGUUGCGUGCAAGCCCAUGAGAGGCCCUGGAAAAGAGACUAAUCAGCAGGAAAGUCUUCUCCAGGCUCGUUCGCCUCGUUGCUGUUGCCGAGAUGCUCCCCUAGCUGACAUCCAAGCAAGAAUUAUUUCAACCGUCCUGUUCUUUCUCUAAGAAAUGCGCACACCCUCCAAAUCCCUUCCCCUCUGUCAAGGGUAGGCCCGAUUUUCCACCUCUGCUAACUGUACACUUGGGAGAGUAGUUCAAAGAGGACUUUUUCUUUCCUAGUUAAAGUAAAAUUUCCCGGAAGGAAAAGCUCUGUAAAGGCAGCCACUUGGGAAUGUACUUGGGGUGACAUAGGGCCAUACGUUAGGGCCAUAGUCAUUAUGGCUAUCUGUAAACAAGCCACGAGAUAAGGCCCAGUCCACAUCAAGCAUGAAAGAAAACGGCAGACUAGGAAAACUAACAAAAUUUAAGUAUUCCGGGAGCACAUUUUACCGUUCCAAGCAAAGAAUGAAAAGAGAGGGAGACAAAACUGGGAAUGAGCAGGUAAGAUAAGCUGAAUUACUGAUUACUCUUAAGUUAGAACACAUGAGAAAUAAUUCUCUCUUCUUUUGCUCUAAAGAGAAGCUAAACCAAUCACUACUGGUGACUUCUUUGUCGAUGUGGACUUUACACUAUUGCCUGCUAACAAGAGACAUUUAAAGCAUCUUCCGGAAAACCUAUUUGAGAAGCCCCAAGGGAGGCACAGGAAUAUUCUAAGUCUUGCUCUCCUUCGUUCUCUAAAUGAUGCCAGACAUUGAUUCUAGGAUUAAGUACAGAGUUCCAAGAGUAGCGUGAAGUUCAGUUGCAAAAGUUCCGGACCUUCUAUGAUAAUGUCGUUAACUGAAAACUGUUUACGAUCCUCAAGGAAUCAUAAAUAAAUGAUACACAUGCAUACCUCCCACAGUUUAUUUAAACUUAAAACGGGUAAAUGUAGAUUAGGUCACUGAUAUUUGCACGUAGGAUCAGGGUUUUGGGGAUGUCAAAUGCCACAUCAUCAUUCUUCAAUAAAUAAUCCAUAAUUCAUGA